CAGCUGCCCCCUCCGCCUCGUUUUACGGCAGGUCCACUCUGGUCGCAGCGCGGCGGCAACACCGAGCAGAUCCGGCGUGUGACCACCGGGAUGCCGCUUGGUCCGUGAACGCCUCUCCCUCCCCGGACACCGCGACACCAAGGCUUACCCGCCCGCCUUCCCACGCCCACAUUAGCAACGAACAAACUGCGUGGAAGGAUUUUCAGGCCCAGCUUCUUCUUUUUUUUUAAUUUUUUUUAAUUCAAGCUGCGGUGAGAAGAAGCGGCUCGACUCAGCAGCCGCGGCCGCUUGACAGGUGCCGUCGCCCGGCGAAGUGCGUGGAGAUGCCGCCCGUCCAGAGAACCAUGUCGGAUCUUCGAACUCGCUCAGACGGAUAUGAAAAGACGGAAGACGUGUCGGAAAAGACUUCUUUAGCAGACCAGGAAGAUGCCCGACUGAUACACCUUAACCAGCCGCAGUUCACAAAGUUCUGCAACAAUCGCGUCAGCACGGCCAAGUACAACGUCAUCACCUUCCUCCCGAGGUUCCUCUACUCGCAGUUCAGGAGGGCGGCCAACGCCUUUUUCCUCUUCAUUGCACUCUUGCAGCAAAUCCCAGAUGUGUCUCCCACCGGUCGCUGGACAACGCUGGUGCCGCUGCUUUUUAUUCUUGUGGUAGCUGCUGUCAAGGAGAUCAUUGAGGAUCUGAAACGCCACAAUGCCGACAGCGUUGUCAACAAAAAGGAAUGUCAAGUAUUGAGAAACGGCGCCUGGGAGAUCGUGCAUUGGGAGAAGGUGGCUGUCGGGGAAGUCGUCCGAGCUGCCAACGGGGAUCACCUCCCGGCUGACCUCGUCAUACUGUCGUCCAGUGAGCCGCAGGGGAUGUGCUACAUCGAAACGUCCAACCUGGACGGCGAAACAAACCUCAAAAUCCGACAGGGUCUCCAAGUGACCACCGACUUCAAGGACAUCGACAGCCUGGCACGCCUCUCGGGGCGGAUGGAGUGCGAGUGCCCGAACCGCCACCUCUACGAGUUUGUGGGCAACAUCCGACUCGACGGACACAGCACAGUGCCGCUGGGCCCGGACCAGAUCUUACUGAGAGGAGCCCAGCUGAGGAACACGCAGUGGGUGCACGGCGUGGUGGUCUACACAGGACACGACACGAAGCUCAUGCAGAACUCCACUCGGCCGCCGCUCAAGUUGUCCAACGUGGAGCGCAUCACCAACUUCCAGAUCCUGGUCCUGUUCGGCUGCCUGCUGGCCAUCUCUCUGGUCUGCUCCGUGGGCCAGAGCGUCUGGAAGUACCGGUGCGGCAACGACGCCUGGUACAUGGACCUCAACUAUGGCGGGGCGGCGAACUUUGGCCUCAACUUCCUCACCUUCAUCAUCCUCUUCAACAACCUGAUUCCCAUCAGUCUGCUGGUCACGCUGGAGGUCAUCAAGUUCAUCCAAGCCUUCUUCAUCAACUGGGACACUGACAUGAUCUAUGAGCCGACAAACACCCCCGCCAUGGCUCGUACCUCCAAUCUAAAUGAAGAGUUAGGCCAGGUGAAGUACAUUUUCUCCGACAAGACGGGCACGCUGACCUGCAACGUCAUGCAGUUUAAGAAGUGCACGGUCGCCGGCGUGGCGUACGGUCACGUGCCCGAGGCCGAGGAUGGUAGUUUCGCGGAGGACGACGGGCACAGCACGCACUCGGAGGAGGAGUCCGGUUUUGUUGACCCGAGCUUGCUGGAAAACCUCCAAAGUAAUCAUCCGACAGCUGCUGUCAUCCUGGAGUUCAUGACCAUGAUGGCCAUCUGUCACACCGCAGUCCCCGAGCGCAAUGAGGGGAAUAUCACCUACCAAGCAGCGUCCCCAGAUGAAAGCGCUCUGGUGAGAGCUGCACGGAACCUGGGUUUUGUGUUUUCUGGUAGAACUCCAGACAGCGUCAUUGUGGAGAUGCUGGGGAACGAGGAGAAGUACGAGCUGCUUCACGUGCUGGAGUUUACAAGCGUCAGGAAGAGGAUGUCAGUCAUCAUGCGCACGCCAUCCGGAAAGAUCCGCCUCUACUGCAAAGGAGCGGACACGGUCAUCUACGACAGACUGGCAGACAGUUCUCGCUACAAAGAGAUCACGUUGAAGCAUCUGGAGCAGUUUGCCACCGAGGGUCUGCGCACGCUUUGCUUCGCUGUGACGGACAUCAGCGAGUCGUCCUACCAGCACUGGCUGGAGCUGCACCACCGAGCCUCCACCUCCCUGCAGAACCGAGCCCUCAAGCUGGAGGAGAGCUACGAGCUCAUCGAGAAGAACCUGCAGUUGUUGGGGGCCACCGCCAUCGAGGACAAGCUCCAAGAUAAGGUGCCCGAAACCAUAGAGACUCUGAUGAAGGCUGACAUCAAGAUCUGGAUCCUGACCGGGGACAAGCAAGAGACGGCUAUCAACAUUGGACAUUCCUGCAAGCUGCUGACUAAAAAUAUGGGAAUGCUGGUGAUAAAUGAGGACACGCUCGACAGAACGAGGGAGACCCUCAGCCACCACUGCGGCAUGCUGGGAGACGCUCUCUACAAGGAGAACGACUUUGCGCUCAUCAUCGACGGCAAGACGCUGAAGUACGCCCUCACCUUCGGCGUGCGGCAGUACUUCCUGGAUCUCGCCCUGUCCUGCAAGGCCGUCAUAUGCUGCAGAGUGUCUCCUCUCCAGAAGUCGGAGGUGGUGGAAAUGGUGAAGAAGCAAGUGAAGGUGAUCACGCUGGCCAUCGGCGAUGGCGCCAACGACGUGGGGAUGAUUCAGACGGCUCAUGUGGGCGUGGGCAUAUCUGGCAACGAGGGCCUGCAGGCCGCCAACUCUUCGGACUACUCCAUUGCUCAGUUCAAAUACUUGAAGAACCUGCUGCUGGUCCACGGAGCUUGGAAUUACAACCGCGUGGCCAAAUGUAUCCUCUACUGCUUCUACAAAAACAUCGUCCUUUACAUCAUCGAGAUCUGGUUCGCCUUCGUCAACGGCUUCUCGGGUCAGAUCCUGUUCGAGCGCUGGUGCAUCGGCCUGUACAACGUGAUCUUCACGGCUCUGCCUCCGCUCACGCUGGGAAUAUUCGAGCGCUCCUGUCGGAAAGAAAACAUGCUGAAGUACCCCGAGCUGUACAAAACCUCCCAGAAUGCAAUGGGCUUCAACACCAAGGUUUUCUGGGCUCAUUGUCUGAACGGCCUCUUCCACUCCGUCAUCCUCUUCUGGUUCCCUCUUCAGGCCUUCCAGCACGAUACAGUGUUUGGCAAUGGAAGAACCCCCGACUAUCUGCUUUUAGGAAACAUGGUUUACACCUUUGUGGUCAUCACAGUCUGCCUUAAAGCCGGCCUGGAAACGUCCUCCUGGACUAUGUUCAGUCACGUGGCCAUCUGGGGCAGCAUUGGACUGUGGGUGGUGUUCUUCAUCAUCUACUCCUCCUUGUGGCCCCUCAUCCCUCUCGCGCCCGACAUGUCCGGCGAGGCGGAGAUGAUGUUCUCUUCGGCGGUCUUCUGGACGGGCCUGGUCUUCAUCCCUAUCACCUCGCUGGUCUUUGACGUGGCCUACAAAGUGGUGAAGAGGGUGUUCUUUAAGACGCUGGUGGAUGAGGUGCAGGAGCUGGAGGCGUUAUCCCAAGAUCCUGGUGCGGUGGUGCAAGGGAAAAGUUUGACGGAGAGGGCCCAGCUCCUGAAGAACGUCUUCAAGAAGAGCACUGUGAGUCUGUACCGCUCCGAGUCCAUGCAGCAGAACCUACUACACGGCUACGCCUUUUCCCAAGACGAGAACGGCGUGGUGUCGCAGUCGGAGGUGAUCCGGGCGUACGACACCACCAAGGAGAGGAGCCGGGAGUGGUGAGCGCCCGCCAAUCAGUCGCCAGCGCCACCGCGACCACCCGCUUGGUGGUUUUCUUGUUUCUGGACGGCGGGUGACGUUUUUUUUUGGAGACGAUGAGUACGACCGCAGACAGAUAAGAAUGGGACCAUGGAUUCUUUUGAGGAAGGGAACAGGUGAAGUGUGACGAGCACGGUGCUUUUUUGUCCUCCUCACCCUUUGCUCAGUUACGAGCGCCGAACCGAAACCGCUAAAAAUAGGACUGCGAGACACGAGGGGGUGUGACGGUACGCCGCGCCCACGGUACAGUGCGGCGCUCGGCGUGAAGGUUCAUUUUGGGAACAAAACCGCUUGAAUGAGUUUUAAAAUUAAAAUAUCGCAGCCGGUAAUUCUGUAAUACCAUUUUUAAUAUUUAUAUUUCAAUUUUUUUUAGUAAAUCCCUUAAUCGCCUGAUGUGCGGAAUGAAUAGUUUCAGCUGAUUAUCGUCUUGGAUUUGUCCGUGUGCAUAUUUUACACGGAAGGGAAGGCCAAGUGUUCCCGACCAGGAGACCUUAACGUGGGGUUUUCAAGUUCUGGCUUCUCCUUGGCGCAGUACAGAAGUACCUCAACUUACCAGCUUCAUUGCUUCUUAACUCAAAUUUUCUUGUAUCUCAAAUAGGGCUGCAACAACUAAUCGAUUAAAAUCGAUUAUAAAAAUAGUUGGCGAUUAAUUUAGUCAUCGAUUCGUUGGAUCUACGCUAUGCAGAGGAUACUUUUUUUUAUUUUAUUUUUAAUAAACCUUUAUUUAUGAAUUGCAACAUUUACAAACAGCUGAAAAACAAUAAUCAAAAUAGGUAUGGUGCUAGUAUAUAUUUUUUUCAAUAAAAUACUGGAAAGUGUUGCGCUGGACCAGAUGUUCCUCCAAGGGAAUUUAAGUUGCUGGUCAAUCCCAAGUUCUUUUGAUGACAUAUAAGCUGAGUUUGAAUGAUCACCAGAACAGAAUAAAUAAGAUGGAGAAAAAAUAGAAAGAGCACAACUGGUAACCAAUAGAAAGAAAUAACUCUUAAAUAUGUAUAUAUGUAUAUAUAUAUAUAUCUCCGUCAAAAGGAUAGAAAUGUAGUUUGUCUCUUUUAUCCGAUUAUUAAUCGGUUAAUCGAAGUAAUAAUCGACAGAUUAAUCGAUUAUCAAAUUAGUUGUUAGUUGCAGGCCUAAUCUCAAAUCAUUGAAAUGAAUUGAAAUCAAUUUCAUUGACCCCCCGAAAAAAAUAAACGGCACAAUUUUAACGUGUGAAAUGCCUUUUAAAAAGAAAAACAAAGGUUUAAAUGAGAAAUAUUGUCUGAGAAACGGUACAUGUAGUACUAAAAACUACAGUAGUUUUAUGACGUAAUGUAAUAACAAUGUACAAUGUACCUUGGAGAGUGGACUACGGUAUCGCCUUCUAGCUGCUUUUUCCGUCAAACACUCCGUCGGCAGCUUUUCCAUAUUUUCAUGGAUACAUGUCCACCAUUUAGACCAGACCUGGGCAAAUUAAGGCCCGUUAAGCUUUUCAAUUUGCCCCGCCGAACAUUCCCAAAUAACUAAUGACCGUAAGUCUUGAACUAUACAAAGUAUUCCAAUGGUUGGAAUAUGACACGUGGUGUCAUUGCUGGUUUACGAGCAGACGAGCAUGUUCGGCAGCGCACAAUCAUAGAGUACUUACAAGCAGACACAAGUACAGAAGCGUAUCUAGUCGCUACUACUAUGAUGACGUCGAUAUUUUUUGGCAUCACACCAUCUUCUUUCGUUUUUCUUAAAAUGUAUAUUGUGGAAAUAUGUCCCUGGACAUAUUUCCUGAUCCUGUAACGACUUGGUAUCAGAUUGAUACCCAAAUGUGUGGUAUCAUGCAAAACUAAUGUAAAGUGUCAAACAACAGAAGAAUAAGUGAUUAUUAAAUUUUAAUAGAAGUGUAGAUAGAACAUGUUAAAAGAGAAAGUAAGCAGAUAUUAACAGUAAAUGAACAAGUAGAUUAAUAAUUCAUUUUCUACCGCUUGUCCUUAAUAAUGUUGACAAAAUAAUAGGUAGAUAAAUGACACAAUAUGUUACUGCAUAUGUCAGCAGCUAAAUUAGGAGCCUUUGUUUACUUACUAAUAAAAGACAAGUUGUCUUGUAUGUUCACUAUUUUAUUUAAGGACAAACUUGCAAUAAAACAUAUGUUUAAUGUACCCUAAGAUUUUUUUGUUAAAAUAAAGCCAAAUUUUUUUUGUGGUCCCCUUUAUUUAGAAAAUUACCGGUACCAAAAUAUUGGUAUUGAUACAACACUAGUCUUUAAAAUGUUAGGCCAUACUUGCCAACCCUCCCGUUUUUAGCGGGAGAAUCCCGGUAUUCAACGCCUCUCCCGACAACCUACCCGGCAGAGAUUUUCUCCCGACAAACUCCCGGUAUUCAGCCGGAGCUGGAGGCCACGCCCCCUCCAGCUCAAUGCGGACCUGAGACUGAGUGGGGACAGCCUGUUCUCACGUCCGCUUUCCCACAAUAUAAACAGCUUGCCUGCCCAAUGAACGGAGAAGUUAAACAGGACAAUACUGCCAUCUAAUGGAUAGCCACCGGAACACUGAAAUU